AUGCAUCGGGCAGUGGACCCUCCAGGGGCCCGCACUGCACGGGAAGCCUUUGCCCUUGGGGGCUUGAGCUGUGCUGGGGCCUGGAGCUCCUGCCCGCCCCAUCCCCCUCCUCGGAGCGCAUGGCUGCCUGGAGGCAGGUGCUCUGCCAGCCUCGGGCAGCCUCCACUGUCUGCUCCCCUACCCCCUUCACACGGCAGUAGCUCUGGGCACCCGAACAAACCGUAUUAUGCUCCAGGGACACCCGCCCCAAGACCCCUCCAUGGGAAGCUGGAGUCCCUGCACGGCUGUGUGCAGGCAUUGCUCCGGGAGCCAGCCCAGCCAGGGCUGUGGGAGCAGCUUGGGCAGCUGUACGAGUCCGAGCACGACAGUGAGGAGGCUCUCCGCUGCUACCACAGCGCCCUUCGAUACGGAGGAAGCUUGGCUGAGCUGGGCCCCCGGGUCGGCCGACUCCAGCAGGCCCAGCUCUGGAACUUUCACGCUGGGUCCUGCCAGCACCGACCCAAGGUCCUGCCCCCAUUGGAGCAAGUGUGGAACUUGCUGCACCUUGAGCACAAACGGAACUACGGGGCCAAGCGGGGGGGUCCCCCAGUGAAACGAGCCGCUGAACCCCCAGUGGUGCAGCCUGUGCCUCCCGCAGCACUCUCAGGCCCCUCGGGGGAGGAGGGGCUCAGCCCUGGCGGCAAGCGCAGGAGAGGCUGCAGCUCUGAGCAGACGGGCCUUCCCCCAGGGCUGCCGCUGCCUCCACCACCGUUGCCACCACCCCCACCCCCUCCCCCUCCCCCACCUCUGCCUGGCCUAGCCACCAGCCCUCCAUUUCAGCUGACCAAGCCAGGGCUGUGGAGUACCCUUCAUGGAGAUGCCUGGGGCCCCGAGCGCAAGGGUUUAGCACCCCCAGAGCGCCAGGAGCAGCGGCACUCGCUGCCUCACCCAUAUCCAUACCCAGCUCCGGCUUACCCUGCUCACCCCCCUGGCCACCGGCUGGUCCCGGCUGCUCCCCCAGGCCCAGGCCCCCGCCCCCCAGGAGCAGAGAGCCAUGGCUGCCCGCCUGCCACCCGUCCCCCCGGAAGUGACCUUAGAGAGAGCAGAGUUCAGAGGUCGCGGAUGGACUCCAGCGUUUCACCAGCAGCAACCACCGCCUGCGUGCCUUACGCCCCUUCCCGGCCCCCCGGCCUCCCCGGCACCACCAGCAGCAGCAGCAGCAGCAGCAGCAACAACACUGGUCCCCGUGGCGUGGAGCCGAGCCCAGGCAUUCCCGGCGCUGACCAUUACCAAACGCCCGCGCUGGAGGUCUCCUCUCACCAAGGCCGCCUGGGGCCCUCGGCACACAGUAGUCGGAAACCCUUCCUGGCGGCUCCUGCUGCCACUCCCCACCUGUCCCUGCCACCCGGCCCUGCCUCGCCUCCUCCACCCUCUUGUCCCCGCCUCUUACGCCCCCCACCCCCCCCUGCCUGGCUGAAGGGCCCAGCCUGCCGGGCAGCUCGUGAAGAUGGAGAGAUCUUAGAGGAGCUCUUCUUCGGGGCUGAGGGACGCCCCCGCCCUCCCCCUCCCCCACUUCCCCACCGCGAGGGCUUCUUGGGGCAUCCGGCCCCCCGCUUUUCUGUGGGCACUCAGGAUUCGCACACCCCUCCCACUCCCCCAACCACCAGCAGCAGCAGCAGCAACAAUGGCAGCCACAGCAGCAGCCCUACUGGGCCUGUGUCCUUCCCCCCACCUCCUUAUCUGGCCAGAAGUAUGGACCCCCUUCCCCGGCCCCCCAGCCCCACACUGAGCCCCCAGGACCCACCCCUUGCACCCAUGACUCUUGCCCUGCCUUCAGCCCCCCCCUCCUCUCGCCACCAAAAUACCUCAGGAAGCUUCAGGCGCCCGGAGAGCCCUCGGCCCAGGGUCUCCUUCCCAAAGACCCCCGAGGUGGGGCCGGGGCCAUCCCCAGGCCCCCUGAAUAAAACCCCCCAGCCUGUGCCGCCCAGGGUGGGGGAGCUGCCUGCCCGAGGCCCUCGACUUUUUGAUUUCCCCCCUACCCCUCUGGAGGACCAGUUUGAGGAGCCAGCUGAAUUCAAGAUCCUACCUGAUGGGCUGGCUAAUAUCAUGAAGAUGCUGGAUGAAUCUAUUCGCAAGGAGGAGGAGCAGCAACAACAGGAGGCAGGCGCGGUCCCCGUCCCCCCGCCUCCUCUGAAGGAGCCCUUUGCAUCUCUGCAGCCUCCGUUCCCCACCGACACAGCCCCAGCCACCACUGCUGCCACCGCCGCCGCCACCACCACCACCACCACCACGGCCACCCAGGAAGAGGAGAAGAAGCCACCAGCCCUGCCACCACCACCGCCUCUAGCCAAGUUCCCCCCACCACCCCAGCCACAGCCGCCGCCACCCCCGCUUCCCCCACCAGCCAGCCCGGCCAGCCUGCUCAAGUCCUUGGCCUCCGUGCUGGAGGGACAAAAGUACUGUUACCGAGGGACUGGAGCUGCUGUUCCCACCCGGCCUGGGCCCUUGCCCGCCACUCAGUAUUCCCCUGGUCCCUCAUCAGGUGCUACCGCCCUGCCGCCCACCUCAGCGGCCCCGAGCGCCCAGGGCUCCCCGCAGCCCCCCGCUUCCUCGUCAUCUCAGUUCUCUACCUCAGGCGGGCCGUGGACCCGGGAGCGCAGGGCCAGCGAAGAGCCAGCCCCAGGCCCCAUGGCCCCCGCCCCGCCGCCCCCACCCCUGCCUCUGCCCCCUGCUCGCUCUGAGUCUGAGGUGCUAGAAGAGAUCAGUCGGGCUUGUGAGACCCUUGUGGAGCGGGUAGGCCGGAGCGCCACAGACCCAGCAGACCUGGUGGACACAGCAGAUGCAGCGGACAGUGGAGCUGAGCGAUUGCUGCCUCCACCUCCGGCCAAGGAGGAGAGUGUUGGGGUGGCAGCCGCUGCAGGACCUGGGAGCAGCAAGCGGCGGCAGAAGGAGCACCAGAAAGAGCACCGGCGGCAUAGGCGGGCCUGCAAGGACAGUGUGGGGCGGCGGCCCCGUGAGGGCAGGGCCAAGGCCAAGGCCAAGGCCCCCAAAGAAAAGAGCCGCAGGGUGCUGGGGAACCUGGACCUGCAGAGCGAGGAGAUCCAGGGUCGGGAGAAAGCCCGGCCGGAUCUUGGUGGGGCCUCCAAGGCCAAACCACCCACAGCUCCGGGCCCUCCACCAGCCCCUGCCCCUUCUGCCCAGCCCACACCCCCAGCAGCCCCUGCCCCUGGGAAGAAGGCCCGAGAGGAAGCUCCAGGGCCACCAGGGGUCAGCCGGGCUGACAUGCUGAAGCUGCGCUCGCUCAGUGAAGGGCCCCCCAAGGAGCUGAAGAUCCGGCUUAUCAAGGUAGAGAGCGGUGACAAGGAGACCUUCAUCGCCUCUGAGGUGGAAGAGCGGAGGCUGCGGAUGGCAGACCUCACCAUCAGCCACUGCGCCGCUGACGUUGUGCGUGCCAGCAAGAACGCCAAGGUGAAAGGGAAGUUUCGAGAGUCCUACCUGUCCCCUGCCCAGUCUGUGAAACCGAAGAUCAACACUGAGGAAAAGCUGCCCCGGGAAAAACUCAACCCACCCACACCUAGCAUCUAUCUGGAAAGCAAACGGGAUGCCUUCUCGCCGGUGCUGUUGCAGUUCUGUACUGACCCUCGAAAUCCCAUCACCGUGAUCCGGGGCCUGGCAGGCUCCCUGCGGCUCAACUUGGGCCUCUUUUCCACCAAGACACUGGUGGAGGCGAGUGGGGAGCACACGGUGGAGGUGCGCACCCAGGUGCAGCAGCCCUCGGAUGAGAACUGGGACCUGACGGGUACACGACAGAUCUGGCCCUGUGAGAGCUCCCGUUCCCACACCACCAUCGCCAAGUACGCGCAGUAUCAGGCUUCAUCCUUCCAGGAAUCCCUGCAGGAGGAGAAGGAGAGUGAGGACGAGGAGUCAGAGGAGCCGGACAGCACCACAGGAACCCCUCCUAGCAACACACCAGACCCGAAGAACCAUCACAUCAUCAAGUUUGGCACCAACAUCGACCUGUCCGAUGCUAAGCGGUGGAAGCCCCAGCUGCAGGAGCUGCUGAAGCUGCCCGCCUUCAUGCGGGUCACUUCCACGGGCAACAUGCUGAGCCACGUGGGCCACACCAUCCUGGGCAUGAACACGGUGCAGCUGUAUAUGAAGGUGCCCGGCAGCCGAACGCCAGGCCAUCAAGAGAACAACAACUUCUGCUCGGUCAACAUCAACAUUGGCCCAGGUGACUGCGAGUGGUUCGCGGUGCACGAGCACUACUGGGAGACCAUCAGCGCCUUCUGCGACCGGCACGGCGUGGACUACCUGACGGGUUCCUGGUGGCCAAUCCUGGAUGAUCUCUAUGCUUCCAACAUCCCUGUGUACCGCUUCGUGCAGCGCCCCGGAGACCUGGUGUGGAUUAACGCGGGCACCGUGCACUGGGUGCAGGCCACUGGCUGGUGCAACAACAUCGCCUGGAACGUGGGGCCCCUCACCGCCUAUCAGUACCAGCUGGCCCUGGAACGAUAUGAGUGGAAUGAGGUGAAGAAUGUCAAAUCCAUUGUGCCCAUGAUUCACGUGUCCUGGAACGUGGCUCGCACGGUCAAAAUCAGCGACCCCGACUUGUUCAAGAUGAUCAAGUUCUGCCUCCUGCAGUCCAUGAAGCACUGCCAGGUGCAGCGGGAGAGCCUGGUGCGGGCCGGGAAGAAAAUUGCCUACCAGGGCCGGGUCAAGGACGAGCCCGCCUACUACUGCAACGAGUGCGACGUGGAGGUGUUCAACAUCCUGUUCGUGACGAGCGAGAACGGCAGCCGCAACACCUACCUGGUGCACUGCGAGGCGUGCGCGCGGCGCCGCAGCGCGGGCCUGCAGGGCGUAGUGGUGCUGGAGCAGUACCGCACCGAAGAGCUGGCGCAGGCCUAUGACGCCUUCACGCUGGCCCCCGCCAGCACGUCGCGAUGA